UCCGCAGAGCCAGCGCCACCGCCGCCAUAACUGCGGGGCCUCGGAGCGGCCGGGGCUGCCCGUGGCGCUGCCUGCUCCGCCGCAGACGCGUCUUGCAGUCCGGGUCACCUGGCUGCGAGAGAGGGUCUCACGGAGUCUAAAUUGCCAGGCAGACUCAAAUUUCCAUCCCACCUGCCUCACCUCCCACAGUGCGUGGAUUACAGAUGCUAGGAGCCCCGCCUCUGCUGUUGGCAGCCGCCUCAUUGGGCAUCACACUACUGGCCUUCCUGCUGGCCUUAAGACACUGGGGCUGGGGCCUGUUACUCAUAUGCUGGUUUGAGUUUAUUCUGAAGCCAGUUCAAAACCUGAUCAUGGGUGACACCAAAGAACAGCGCAUCCUGUCCUAUGUGCAACAGCAUGCAAAGCCUGGGGACCCUGAGAGUGUGCUAGAGGCCAUCGAUACUUACUGCUCGCAGAAGGAGUGGGCCAUGAACAUAGGACAAAAGAAAGGUGAGAUCAUGGAUGCUGUGAUUCGGGAGCAUGGCCCCUCCCUGGUGCUGGAAUUGGGGGCCUACUGUGGCUACUCAGCUGUGCGUAUUGCCCGCCUGCUGCCACCUGGUGGGCGGCUGCUCACCAUGGAGAUCAACCCCGACUUUAGUGCCAUCACCCAGCAGAUGCUGAACUUCGCAGGCGUGCAGGAUAAGGUCACUAUCCUGCUGGGGGCAUCUUACGACCUCAUCCCCCAGCUGAAAAAGAAGUAUGACGUGGACACGCUGGACAUGGUCUUCCUUGACCACUGGAAAGACCGCUACUUGCCAGAUACCCAUCUCCUAGAGGAAUGUGGCCUACUACGGAAGGGGACAAUACUUCUGGCUGACAAUGUCAUUGUUCCAGGAACACCAGAUUUCCUGGCAUAUGUGCGUGGGAGCAGCAACUAUGAAUGCACACACUACAGUGCGUACCUGGAGUACAUGAAGGUGGUGGAUGGCCUGGAGAAAGCUGUCUUCAAAGGCGAAGGCAGCCCAGUGCAGUCUUAACUGCCCACCCUAUGUUCCUCUGCCAGGUUUAGUCCAGAAGGAUGAAAUGGAUGUAUUCCUGCCGAGGUCACAUCUGUGAUUCUCCGGUCUUUCCUUAAGUAUAAACCAUACUGGAGGCUUGUGAGGUAUAAGCCUUCUUUAGGCUGACUUUCUGUGUUACAGUUCCAAACUGUCACAUACUGGCACACUUCAAAGUGUAGGGGCCUCACCAUGCAAAACCACUGCAAUACAUCUGGAUGAUAUCUUCUGAUAAAGACUGAAUUGAGGGCUUAUCUAUAACUCAGUGGUAGAACACUUGCUUUGUAUGCAUGAGGUACCAGCUGCAAGCCCUAGCACUGCAAAAAAAUUUUUAAAAAUUGGAGUAGAGCCAAUAACAGUGUCACCAACUGGCAAAAGGAAUUCCAAUAGGGUGUGUACAUAUAUUAGUUUACAGACAAUGACAAAUCUGUUAGACCUAGAAAAGGGUGAGGAAGCUGCAAACAUCUGAAAACUGCUGGGCUUAUGCCCAAGCUGUCCUAGAGGUUUGCUGUCAACAGGUGGCAGCAGUAUCUCAGUGACAGUACCAACUACCAAUUCACAUCAUAUUUCUGACUCAAAUUUUUACCUUUUCAAGAAAAAAAAAGUCAUAACCUCUUUACUAAACUUAGCUAGCUAUAAUAAUCUACACCAAAACAUUUAAGAUGUAAAAUAGAAAUUAAAGAUCUAAAUAUUUAUACAAAA